UUGUUUACUUUCAUCAACGUUGCACAAACGGCGUAAUAUCUUAAUGGACAAGUUUGUCGUGAAGAAAGGCAAGAAAAGAACCAUGUCAGGGCACGCAAAGAUGGGUGAAAAUGAAACCAAGAAUGCUGGUUUGAAAGCUCAAGAAAGAGUAGAGAGCAGCAAGGUACUAGAUAGCCCAAAGACUAAAGGUGCAGAUUCGAGCAAUGAAGAAUACAGUCAUGGAACAGGGAAGAAGAGAGCCAAACAUGCUGGUUUCCAGCUGCAUCAGGUGCGGGGGGACCUGUUCAGCUGUCCCGAGACCGACUCCCUGGUACACUGCAUCAGCCAGGACUGUCACAUGGGCAAGGGCAUCGCCGUCAUCUUCAAGAAAAAGUUCGGCAGAGUGGAGGAACUGAGAAGACAAGGUCAGAAGCCAGGUGGUGUUGCAGUACUGAAGACAGAGCAGAGAUAUGUCUACUACCUGGUGAGUAAGGAGAAAUACUGGCAGAAGCCCACCUACCGUAGCCUGGAAUCCAGCCUCCAGGCGAUGAGGGCCCACUGUGAGCAGCACCAGGUUUCCAGGCUUGCCAUGCCCAGGAUUGGCUGUGGUCUGGAUAGACUACAGUGGGAAAGAGUCAGCCAAAUGCUACAGGACAUCUUCAGUGAGACAGAUAUCACUAUCACAGUCUAUACUAUAUAAACAUACAGUCAAGGCUACCCAAGUAGACCACUCAGAGGACCGAUCAGGCCAAUACGUGGACAAGUGGUCACUGUUGACAGGACAGGCUAGAGAGCCCGGCCAAAUUAUGUUCUUUGCAGAUGUUAUAUGGUGUAUAUCAAUCGUAUU